AGGUUGUUUAUAGGAGGGAAGAAGGUUGGCAUCAACCCAAAGAUUAAUAACCUGAUGCCAGGCUAUGAGGGGGCAAAGCAUGGCCUGGUGUGGAUUUGCGACAGCGGAAUACGAGUGAAACCGGACACCCUGACAGAUAUGGCCUAUCAGAUGACAGAGAAGGUGGGGUUAGUCCAUGGCCUUCCGUACGUGGCCGACAGACAAGGCUUCGCUGCUACACUAGAACAGGUGUAUUUUGGCACAUCCCACCCGCGCUCCUACAUCUCAGCCAACGUGACGGGUAUUAAGUGUGUGACCGGAAUGUCCUGUCUGAUGAGAAAAGAUAUCCUGGACCAGGCUGGAGGGCUGAUCGCCUUCGCUCAGUACAUCGCUGAGGACUACUUCAUGGCGAAGGCUAUCGCUGACAGGGGAUGGAAGUUCUCCAUGGCAACACAGGUAGCCAUGCAGAACUCUGGGUCUUAUUCGAUUGCUCAGUUCCAGUCCCGCAUGAUCAGAUGGGCCAAGCUUCGUAUCAACAUGCUCCCCGCCACCAUAUGUGAGCCCAUCUCAGAGUGUUUCCUAGCCAGCCUGAUCAUUGGCUGGGCCGCGCAUCACGUGUUCCACUGGGAUAUUAUGGUCUUCUUCAUGUGCCACUGUCUGGCGUGGUUCAUCUCUGACUACAUCCAGCUCCGAGGAGUUCAGGGCGGUGCGCCGGCCUUCUCCAAACUGGACUACGCUGUAGCCUGGUUCAUCAGAGAGUCCAUGACCAUCCAGAUCUUUCUAUCGGCCCUGUGGGACCCCACCAUCAGCUGGAGAACGGGGCGCUACAGGUUACGAUGCGGCGGUACGGCCGACGAGAUCCUGGACGUAUAGCUACCUGCAUGAGUCCCACCUACAGGGACAAUAGCCUGGAUCCAAUCACCCCCAGAGACAAUACCAGACACAGACUGAACUGAUUUCCUAGAUGGCACCCUAUUCCCUACAUAGUGCACUUUCUGACCUGGGCCCACUCUUACCCGUACUUUCAACAGAGCAGUGUGGACUAUUUAAGGAAUAGU